AUGGAUCUCCAGCCCUCUCAACAAUCUCAGAAGCUCCAAUUCCCCUUUUCCAUUCUAAUCAGAACAGAACUUCGUUAUGCGGUCUCUUUCUUCCUGCUUCUAGUCUCUUCCUUAUUUAUUCUUAGUCUUGUAACGCCAUUUGACUCGCAGUUUCUAUCUGAUCAUUUGGGUUUCUUAUCCCAAAUCCUACCAACUAAUCACAAGAUAUCUCCGGGGACUUGUGAUUAUUCCUACGGCAGAUGGGUCCGCGACGAGAGCCAUCCACUUCAGUCCUACACUGAAAACUGCCCGUUCCUAGACCCUGGCUUCCGGUGCAGCCAAAGUGGUCGAAAAGACGAAGGUUAUCGGAGAUGGCGGUGGGAGCCGGCUGGCUGUGAUGUUUUGAGAUUUAAUGCAAGUGACUUCUUGGAAAGGAGCAGAAACGGACGGAUAGUGUUUGCCGGCGACUCAAUCGGAAGGAACCAGUGGGAAUCUUUGUUAUGCAUGCUUGCAGAAGCAGUGUCCAACAAGUCUAGAAUCUAUGAAGUGAACGGGAACCCCAUAACCAAACACAAGGGUUUUCUCUCCAUGCGGUUCGAGGAUUACAACCUCACAGUUGAAUAUUACAGGGCACCCUUUUUUGUGGUUGUAGGGCACCCACCCCAGAACUCACCGGACCAAGUCAAGACCACAAUAAAGCUCGACCAGUUCCACUGGUACUCCAAACAUUGGGUUGGGGCCGAUGUCCUAAUUUUCAGUGCAGGGCACUGGUGGAACCAAGACAAAACAGUAAGGAUGGGAUGCUACUUUGAGGAAGGCGGGAAAGUGAACUUCACAAUGGAUGUGAUGGAAGCAUUUAGGAGGAACGGGACAUGGAACGAAGGGGGACUUUGCGAUGCCUAUUUGGAGCCAGAAACAGACUAUAAAAAUCUUGAAGCUGACCCAGUGAAUAAUCUAUACAUAUCUGAAUCAAUCAAACAGAUGGAAUACGAAAACUGGAAGGUCCAGUUCUUAAACAUCACAUAUCUAACAGAGUUCAGGAAGGAUGGUCACCCUUCAAAGUAUCGUGAGCCAGGGACUCCAGCCGAUGCUCCACAAGAUUGCAGCCACUGGUGCCUACCCGGAGUGCCUGACACAUGGAAUGCACUAAUUUAUGCUAAUCUACUGGCAAAAGGAUUCAGAACCAAGUGA